UUUUUUCUCUGGCUUGUAGUACUUCCGAAUUCGCGUUUUACCAUGUGCACGACAAUCAAGAACCCCGUUGAGGAGCGCGAGCUCCUGCCGACCAACGUCACGCCGGUGCACUACGACAUUCUGCUGGCACCCGACCUGGAUGCGCUGACGUACACGGGCUCGGUCAAGAUCCGGGUGCGUAUCAACGAGAGCACCGACAAGAUUGUGCUGCAUUCGAACGAGCUCGAGAUCUCAUCGGCAUCGCUGUCCGGUCCGGCAGCGGCGCAGCUGGGCUCCGAUUCGCUGGCAGCCGCCAGCAUCACGCUGGAGAAGAGCGACGAGACAGUGCAUGUGGCGUUUGCACAGGCGCUGCCGGCGGCAACGGACGCAGAGCUGACGAUCUCGUUCAAGGGCAUUCUCAACGACCUGAUGGUUGGGUUCUACCGCUCGACAUACACGGAUGCUGAGGGCAACACCAAGAAUAUGGCCACGACGCAGUUUGAGCCCACGGAUGCGCGGCGCGCGUUCCCGUGCUGGGACGAGCCCAUGCAGAAGGCCACGUUUAAUGUUACGCUGCGCGUCAAGGAGGACCUGACGGCGCUGUCGAACAUGGAUGUGCGCGAGACCAAGCAGGUGGGCAAUGGGCUGAAGGAGGUUGCGUUCAACACCACGCCCAUCAUGUCGACCUACCUGCUGGCCUUUAUCGUCGGCGAGCUGGAGUACAUCGAGGCCACCACCAGCGGCAAGCACAACGGGCGCCCGAUCCCCUGCCGUCUGUACACAGCGCCGGGCAAGAGCGAGAAGGGCCGGUUUGCGCUCAACGUUGCUGUGCAGGUGCUGGAGUACUUUGCCGACGUGUUUGGCAUUGCGUACCCGCUGCCCAAGAUGGAUCAGAUCGCGAUCAACGACUUUGAGGCUGGCGCCAUGGAGAACUGGGGCCUGAUCACGUACCGCGAGGUUGCUCUGCUGGUCGACGAGGCCACGACCAGCUCGCGUGCCAAGCAGCAGGUCGCCUACGUUGUCAGCCACGAGCUGGCGCACCAGUGGUUCGGCAACCUGGUCACCAUGGAGUGGUGGAGCGAGCUGUGGCUCAACGAGGGCUUUGCCACAUGGGUCGGCACCUUGGCCGUCGACCACGUGUUCCCCGAGUACCACAUCUGGACGCAGUUCCUGGUCGACGAUCUGCAGCGCGCACUGAACCUCGACUCGCUGCACUCGUCGCACCCGAUCCAGGUGCCGGUCAAGCGCUCGUCGGACAUCAGCCAGAUCUUCGAUGCCAUCUCGUACUCGAAGGGCGGCAGCGCCAUCCGCAUGCUGAGCUCGUACAUCGGCCUCGAUCUCUUCCUGAAGGGCAUCCGCAUCUACCUGCAGCGGCACAAGUACGCCAACGCAUCGACCAGCGAUCUGUGGACUGCGCUGAGCGAGGCAUCGGGCGUCGACGUCACCGAGUUCAUGGCGCUGUGGACCCGCACCAUCGGCUACCCGAUCGUCACCGUGACCGAGGCCGAGAGCGGCGACAAGAUCACCGUGCGCCAGAACCGCUACCUGUCUUCGGGUGAGGUGACCGAGGCGGACGACAAGACGCUGUGGUGCGUGCCGCUGGGCAUUGUGACAUCCGAGACUGCCGAUUCGCCCUCGGCCGAUGUGCUGACACAGCGCGAAGCCACCGUCGACGUGGCCGUGUCGUCAUCCAAGUGGUACAAGCUGAACAAGGAUACCGUCGGCAUCUACCGCGUAAAGUACCCGGCUUCGGCCGUUGCCAACCUGGCCAAGGCCAUUGAGGCAGGCGAGCUGUCGACCAACGACCGCAUCGGUAUCAUCGCCGACGCCGCAGCGCUGGCCUCGAGCGGCCACAGCAGCACGUCGGACUUUUUGACCUUCCUGCGCGCCUACUCGAACGAGACCGAGUUCAUUGUGUGGCAGGAGAUUUCGAUGCGUCUGGACGCGCUGCACUCGGCGUGGUCGCUGGAGGACGCGGCAGGCCAGGCCCAGCUGCAUGCGCUGGCGUGCUCGCUGUUCUCGCCGCUGAUCAAGCGCCUGGGCUGGGACGCCGCCAGCGCCGACGAGGACAGUCUGGUCAGCCGCCUGCGCGCGCUGGCCAUCCGGUAUGCCGGCACGUGCGGCGACAAGGAGGUCGUGGCCGAGGCCAACCGGCGGUUCGGCGAGUUCUUUGCUGGCAACAAGUCUGUGCUGACGACCGACACCCUGCGGUCGGUGUUCUCGGCUGUGGUGCGCCAAGGCGGCCGCGAUGAGUUUGAGAAGGUCAAGUCGUACUACCUGGACGAGACCAACCCCAUCGACCAGCGGCUGUCGGCGCUGUCGGCGCUGGGCUUUGCUGCCGACCCGGCUCUGAUUGACGAGCUGUUUGAGUUCGCCAUGACCGAGCACGUGCGCAACCAGGACCUGCACCAGGCCAUUGUGUCAAUCAACCUGUAUCCGGCCCACCGCCAGCGCCUGUGGCAGUGGUACCAGGACAGCUUUGACCAGCUGGUGGCCCGGUACCGCGCGUCCAUGAACUACAUGGGCAUCCUGGUGCGCCUGUGUGUCAGCGAGUUCGUCGGCAGCGACAAGGCCGACGAGAUCGAGCAGUACUUUGCUGCCCACGACACGUCCAAGUUCCAGCGCGUCAUUGACCAGAGCCUGGAGAAGAUCCGCGCCAGCACCGCGUGGUUCGAGAAGGACCGUGAGGAUGUGCGCGCGUGGUUCGCCAGCAGCGGGCUCUAAUUUUGCAUUUCACUUGUGCUGUUUUGAAUAUAACCUCGAACGCUUC